AUGUCGCUGAACAUAGUGACUGUGUUGUUUUCUUCUCUCUUUGCCAUGGCUGUUGUCGCUGAAGAUCCCUACAGGUUCUUCAACUGGAAUGUUACCUAUGGAGACAUUUAUCCGCUUGGUGUUCGCCAACAGGGAAUACUCAUCAAUGGUCAAUUCCCAGGUCCAGAUAUUCAUUCUGUUACCAAUGACAACCUCAUCAUCAAUGUCUUCAACAGCUUGGACCAACCAUUUCUCCUAUCCUGGAACGGAGUGCAGCAGAGAAGGAACUCAUUUGAAGAUGGGGUUUUUGGAACAACAUGUCCCAUUCCACCAGGUGGGAACUUCACAUACAUACUUCAAGUGAAGGAUCAAAUUGGAAGCUUCUACUACUUCCCAUCUCUUGCAUUCCACAAAGCUGCUGGUGCAUUUGGAGGUAUUAGAAUUUUGAGCAGACCUAGAAUCCCAGUCCCUUUCGAUGAUCCUGCUGGUGAUUACACUGUACUAAUUGGAGAUUGGUACAAGUUCAACCACACGGAUUUACAGGCUCUUCUUGAUAGAGGUAGUAAGCUGCCUUUCCCUGAUGGAAUACUCAUUAAUGGUCGUGGCUCUAACGGAGCAUCUUUCAAUGUGGAACAAGGAAAGACGUACAGGCUUAGAAUAUCGAAUGUGGGGUUGGAAAAUUCCCUGAAUUUCCGCAUACAGAACCACAAAUUAAAGCUGGUAGAAGUGGAAGGAACACACACGGUUCAAACAACGUACUCAUCCCUUGACGUGCACGUGGGCCAGUCUUACUCUGUUCUGGUUACUGCGGAUCAACCUGCUCAGGACUACUACAUUGUGGUCUCAUCUCGAUUUACCUCUACGGUUCUCACUUCCACUGCCAUUCUUCGCUACAGCAACUCUGCAGGCCCAGUAUCAGGCCCCCCACCUGGUGGACCCACCACCCAGAUUGAUUGGUCUUUGAACCAGGCCCGCUCAAUCAGGACGAACCUGACAGCAAGUGGACCUAGGCCAAACCCGCAAGGGUCGUACCACUACGGUAUGAUAAACACGACGAGGACUAUCAUACUUUCGAGUUCAGCUGGUAUAGUGAAUGGCAAACAAAGAUACGCAAUUAACAGCGUGUCUUACGUUGCUCCAGACACUCCUCUUAAGCUCGCCGACUACUUCAAAAUCCCAGGUGUUUUCCGUGUGGGAAGCAUUUCUGACAGACCCACUGGCGGUGGCAUUUACCUUGACACUUCUGUUAUGCAAACCGACUACAGAACAUUUGUGGAGAUUGUCUUCCAAAACGACGAAGACGUCAUUCAGAGCUAUCAUCUCGAUGGCUACUCUUUCUUUGUGGUCGGUAUGGAUGGAGGACAGUGGUCAGCUGCUAGCAAGAACCAGUACAAUCUUCGAGAUGCAGUUUCACGGUGCACCACUCAGGUUUAUCCCAAGUCAUGGACUGCAAUCUAUAUUCCGCUUGACAAUGUGGGAAUGUGGAACUUGAGGUCUGAAUUUUGGGCACGGCAAUACCUUGGCCAACAGUUUUAUAUGCGCGUUUAUACAACAUCAACCUCAAUCAGAGAUGAAUAUCCAGUUCCAAAGAAUGCACUGCUUUGUGGUAGAGCAAAGGGGAGACACACUCGACCCCUUUGA